UCACUGAAAAACAGAAAUAUUUCAUCUCUCUGAAAAUGCUUUCAAAACAUAACUAUGAAUGGAUAACACGAAAUAUAUAAUUAUGUUAAUUAGGUAGUAGAUGAUUGCACACGCUUAGAGUCUCCAUUUGAAUUAGAAGCGUUGCGGCAUACUGUAGUAGCAGAAAAUUUACAUCGAUAAAAUAUUACCUAGGGAGAUAAAAUAAACAAUAUGUAAUGAAUGAGGGAAAGUGAGUGACAGUGGAGAAAUGUUCUUGUGCAGGGUUUUGAUUUACACGGCUUUGCUGGUGAAAUAUUGUGGCAGCUGUACUAAAAAAUUGAGGGACUUUAAUGAUCGGAAUGAUUUUUCCGAUUUCUUAAAGGAAGAGGAUAUGCAAUUCAGAGCUCUACCGAGCAAAGAGGAUGGUAGGGCAGCAGUGGUAACAGUUGAACUCGCUAUUGAAAGUUUCGAUUCUAUCAACGAGAAUGACAUGGAUAUUUCCUUAACAUUCCUCUUAAGGUUUAGUUUUAAAAACGACCACUUAGGCCAGUAUGGUGUUACAGAUGUAGACAAAGUUGUCUUUGAUAAUGAAUUGGUUGAUCGUCUGUGGACCCCUGAACUAUAUUUUCUUAACGAAAAACGAGUGUAUGUCCACAAAACAUUCGUGCCAAAUAAGAAGUAUACAUUUUAUAUUGGAGGAAAUGUGACAUACUCGUCAAGAUUUUCAUUGACGGCGGGCUGUCCAAUGGAUUUUCGUGCUUACCCGUUUGACAAGCAGACUUGCAUGAUUGCAAUGGAAAGCUUUUUACACGAUGAACAGGCCAUUGUUUUGAAAUGGAAGGCAAAUAAUCCAGUAGUGUUGAAAGGGAACAGUGGUACAGCAUUGCCAAAUUUCCAUCUACUUAAUAUAGAAACGAACAAAAUAACUGUACAAAACGAGGACGGUAACUUCAGCUGUGCUAGCAUGGAACUACAUUUCGUGAGAAAUAUGGGAUAUUACCUGAUGCAGAUGUACAUCCCUUGCGUCAUUUCCGUGAUUAUAUCAUGGAUAUCUUUCUGGAUAGACGUCAAUGCCGCCUCGGAGAGAUUAGGCCUGGGCGUGGUGACUGUUCUCACCAUGGUUACGCACAAUGCUGAUGUGAAUUCACAACUGCCUAAGGUGUCUUAUACAAAAGCUAUAGACGUUUACACGUCCACUUGCCUGGUCCUUGUUUUCUUGGCACUAUUACAGUAUCUUGUGGUUUAUAUCUAUGCACAAAGGAGAAGUGGCGAUGAAAAAGGAGACGAUAUGCAAACAAACAGGAGAUACCAAAGUGUUGCCUUAAAGAUUGAUGUUGCUUCAAGGAUUGUUUUCCCAUGUGUGUUCCUUGUGUUCAAUAUGUGUAUUGGGGUUUCUUUCUGGAUUUACUGUACGGAAACUAAUGACUUUUCAAGAAAUAGAUACAAAUUUUGUCUCACGUUAUUUGUCUAAUAUUCUUUUUCUUGUAUUUUACAUUAGUUAAUGGAGUACUAAUAAUUUCAUUAUGUCAAAUCUUAUAGUACACAUAUCAGUCAGUAUCAUGUGUAUUGUCUUAUUGAUCAAAGAAUUUCGUAUUGGACUUGUUAUGUGUCGUAUUGUGGCCAACUAACAAAAGUUUGAUUUCAGUAAAUACACAGAUCAUUCAUA